CGCCGGACCGGUCGCGGAGCGCCGGCCGGCCGCCAGUCGGCUCCUCGACCUGACGCUGGUCGGACAUGGCUGCCCCCUCGGCCGCUCGUCGGGCGCUGCUGGUCGGCGCCUCGCUGCUCCCACUGCUCCUCUCAGUGUCGGCCUCUGACGUAUGCGGACCUGAACCGACCGUCAUCCAUGUCGCCAAGGGAGAGAAGAAACAUGUGAAGUUCUGGAACACAGAAGAGGUCCCGACCACCACACCACAGCCGGCGGAUAUUACAGACACGGUGGAGAUAUGUACUGGCCACCUCUCGGAUGGCUUGGAGCGCUCCGGGGACUCCCACAGCCCGGGUUGCGGGCACGGCUCUGCCGGCCCCGACAGCUCCGAUAGCAAGAGCCCCACCAAUCCCGACAGCCAGAGCUCCGCCAGCCCUGAGGACUCAGACAAGCAGAGCCCCGCCAGCGCUGAGGGCUCAGACAAGCAGAGCUCCGCCAGCCCUGAGGGCUCAGACAAGCAGAGCUCCACUGGCCCUGAGGGCUCUGACAGUCAGAUCUCCACCGGCCCUGAGGGCUCUGACAGCCACAGCUCCGCCGGCCCUGAGGGCUCCGAUGGCCAGAGCGCCACCAGCCCUGAGGCCUCCGACAGCCAGAGCUCCGCUGGCCCUGAGGGCUCAGACAAGCAGAGCUCCGCCAGCCCUGAGGGCUCCGAUAGCCAGAGCUCCGCUGGCCCUGAGGGCUCCGACAGCCAGAGCUCCGCUGGCCCUGAGGGCUCCGACAGCCAGAGCUCCGCCAGCCCUGAGGGCUCAGACAAGCAGAGCUCCACUGGCCCUGAGGGCUCCGAUAGCCAGAGCUCUGCUGGCACUGAGGGCUCUGACAGUCAGAUCUCCACCGGCCCUGAGGGCUCUGACAGUCAGAUCUCCACCAGUCCUGAGGGCUCUGACGACGUCCAGCAGCAGCUGGCUGAGCUUUCUGCUCUGUCGGCCAUUUCAGCCAUGGCCAGCGAAGCGUCGUCAGGAUCACAGGAGGAGGAGGAGGAGGGAAGCGCGGCGCAGCCAGAUGUGGAGAGUCCCAGUGAGGCUACCGAGACAGACGGCGCAACUGGUGUCAGUGUCGAGCCAGAGGGAACUUCCGAGGCCGAGGGUGCCCCAGGAGCUGAAGUCGACUUGCCCUCCGGGAAGACUCCCGAUGUUCAGAAAGACGAAGAGGUAUCUAUAGCACAGCCCGACCAAGAACAGGAAAAGUCGACAAAUUAUUAUCCCAUUGCAGACCGUGUUGUUUCUCAUAUCGUUAAAAAAGAUGAGGAAGCUGUGAAGGCUGAGGCUCAUGUUGUUUCUUCCCCUAGUGACUCAUUUGUGGUUGAUGAGAACUCAGAAACACCAGAGCCAUCGUCAGGUGCUGAUGAGAGUCAGCUAGAAGGCUCUGGAGUGGAAGAACAGUUUUCGGCAUCUGCGACCAUUCCGUUGAACAAAUACCAUGAGAUCCGGAUACCAUUACAAGAUGGCGAAGCUCCCGGGCUUUCAUUCGAGGGCUCCGGAGAGUUCGCUGCCUUUGAUGUCGGUUCGGAGACUGAUAUAGAAGAUGACCACGAACGGCUGCUGAAGGUAACGGACAUCAAUGACGACAAGGUGACUCUGGAGUGGACGCCUGAUCGCGAGGGCUCCGGCGACUUCACCCUGCAGUUUGACUCUGCGCUGGAGGCGGCGGAGCGGGAGGGCUCCGGCGACUUCACCCUGCAGUUUGACUUUGCGCUGGAGGCACCGGAGGAGGAGGGCAGCGGCGUGGUCGCGGAUCAGACCGCGGACCUGGGUCGGCAGGAGGAGCCGCUGUCGGCCGACGCACCGGGAGCAGAGGUGGAGGCGCCAAAGGUGCACGGCUCGGCUAACCAUGAUCCUGCUUCACCAGAGGAGGAGCAGGACGAGCUACUGCCGGUGGCACAGCUGCAGCCCGAGCCGUCGGAGACCAUCUACCACCUGCUGUCAUCCCUGCCGCUGGGCCGACCUGCUGCUGACGCCACUGCUGAUCAGGCCACGGCCCAUGUCGAGGAGCAGGCUGACGCGAUCCCUUAUCAGGCCGUGAGCCAGUCUGAUGACACGCUGACUUCAGAAGAGCGCCUGCUGCUAGUGCAGGGCCUCGAGGGCGACCGUGUCAUCCUUCAGCACAUCCCUGACGAAGAGGAGGGAUCUGGCAGUGCCACGUUCGCCACAGAUCUGGCCCGGAAGCCAGUUGAGGAGGAGACUGAAGCCUCUGGUCAGGCUUACACGGACACCGCCUUCGAGGCGCCUGGGGAGACCGACAGGGACGCUACCGUCGAGGCGUCUGGGGACUCCGCGCUUCAGGAGGAAGAGGUCAGUUUGAGCAACGAGUCCGAAGGUACUUCGGUGAACAGCGGAGCGCAGAAAUACAGCGGUAAGCACCCGCUGAUCCGUGAGGAGACCUGGGUCACCGAGGAAUCGGACAUCAUUGCGCCGGAGGUGCACAUUCCGGCGCAUGUCGAGAGCGAGCUGCAGGCGGGACCAGUGUCGGGACCGGUGGUCAGGGGCACCGAGCAGCUGGCCCAGGUGGAAAAGGGUGUCGUGCUGGAGGAGCUGCCCGUGGCAAAGACUGACGGAGAUCCCCUCCCACAGGUCUUCGAGAGUGAGGAGCAGGUCGCUGAUGAAGCUGGCACGGGCGAGACAGGAGUUGAGGUUGAUAUAAGUCCUGAUGAGUCAGAAUUGGAGAAAAGUGAAUCAAACUCUAACGAAGAAGAGAUGAAGUCAACGGACAGUGUCAACGGUAAUCCGGAUGUUACUGAAGACAAGGAGGAAACUGCGACUUCUGAGGCAAAUGCUGCUGCAACCGAAGAUGGAAGUAAGGAAGAUCAGGAGUCUGACAACGAGAACGAGGAUGUUGAUGACGACGAUGAUGAUGAUGAUUAUGAUGAUGAUGAUGAUGGUGAUGACACUGAAACCAGAGAAACGGCUGCUUCUAAUACAGUGGAUGGGAAAAAUAACGAGGAAGAUGCAGGCGCUGAAGAUGCCGUUGAGAAAGAUGCUGAGAUAAGUGGCAAUGAUUCAGCAAAUGUAGAGUUCGAAGAAGUAGACGACAAAACUGAUGAUUCCGAUGAUAGCCAAGAGAGUGAUUUUGCCGAUGCUGAUUCUGAAGAAGUUGUAGAAGCUGAAGGUUCUGGCGAUCCCACUCCAGUCUCCACGGAUCCGCUGUCUCUGCUGAGUAGCGUGUACCGUUUCAUCAACGGCGACCAGAACACGCCGCUUUGGCCGCCCAAGCGACCCGCCUGGAUCGACUUCUCUUCCCCCAUGAUGCGGGAGGUGAUCAGUGGAGCAGUGCAGGAUUCAGACGAGUCUGCCACGCAUGAGACCAUCGUGGUAGGCCAGGGACCCUACUUUGAGCUGUAUGGGGCCGGGCUGCCGGACCGGCCGCAGCAAAACUACCCUGUAUAUGAUCAGACGGAAGAGCAGGAGUCGGAGGCCCAAUCAGAGCCAGAGCCGGAGCCAGAGCCUCAGCCGGAACCGGAACCGGAACCGCACUCCGAGCCGGAGCCAGAGCCAUACUCGGAGCCAGAGCCUGAGCCACACUCGGACUCGCUGGACUCAGAACCUCUGGCGGACUCGGAGCAGUCGCAGAGUUCCCAUGCUGGGCCAUCUAAGCCCGAACAGCAAAUGCUGUCCUUCGACGCAGCUGAAAGUCUGAGAAACACUGAUGACCAGUUGUUUAGGUUCAUCCGGUCUCAGCCGUACCCGUUCGUGUCGGCUCUGCUGCACGGCACCGGACACCGCGGCUCGCGGAAGGCCACCAGCGCCGUAGACUGCGAGUGGCAGAUCAAGACGGAGCCUCAUCUCUACCUGUUGGUGACGGUGAACAACCUGAGCGCCCCCUACACAGUCGACUGCGACGGCGCCUACAUUGAGGUGGAGCGGGAACGGGACGGUUUCGAGGCGCGCUGGUGCGGCAACCGAAUCAAACAGAGCGGCUCCCGGCCUCACAUGGUGUUUGCCCGUGGAGAGGUGCGCAUCGCCGUGUUCAACGACGGCAAUACCACGCAGCUGCCGACUGGCUUCGAGGCAGACGUCGAGGUGGUGGACCUGCUAGACGCGCGACAGUACGCUACGUUUCGACGCUCCGGCCUGAACUUCCGGCAGCUUGGGCAGGACCCGGUUCUGCCUCAGUGACCCGGAAUUUCUGCAUUGACCGAGCUUAAUUGCAAGAUCUGGCAGCGAGUCUCAAAGGAUUGUCAACAACGAGACCAAAAAUAGGCGACAAAGAGUCGAACUGAUGAUGCUGAAGACUCAGAACUCUAUCGUGUUGUGCUAUGAACACUCCGUCCAUUUGUAAUACCACAGGGCAUUAUGUUUUUAUGUGCUUUGUAUAGUAAUCAAAGCAAGUGAAAGCUGGCAUUGCAGCAACAUGUAUUUGUUUGUUUGUUCGUGGGCAUUGACUCAUUUAUGUAGUUCAGUUGACGUUAUAUUCAGAGAUGAUGCGAUGAAGCUACGGAUAUUCCAUCAAGUGGUGCGAUCUCUCCGAAUCUUCUGCCGGGUGAUGCGUAACCAUCAGGCUGAUCUACCACGACUUAAAUAGAAGUGCUGGCCGAAUAAAUAUCGUAGUGUA